AUGGAGGAGCGGUCAUGGAGGUGUUCGACCAAAGGUCUCCUGUUGCUCUGCACGUUGAUCUUCCCGUUCGUUAACUGUGGCCAUGCGGACGAGCAGGUCCCCCUUGGAGGGGCCGCUGAGAACGAUACCCUGCUUUGGGGUCCCUACCGACCGAACCUGUACUUCGGCGUGCGCCCCCGUCAACCCAACAGCCUGCUCGCUGGCCUGAUGUGGGCGAACGCAGACAGCUUUGAGGCUGUAACCCAGGGUCUGAGACAUACCUGCGAGCAGGGUGAGGAUAUGCAUGGCUAUGGUUGGGACGAGUACGAUGCAAGAGCUGGAGGCCGGCAGACAAUUCAUGACAAGGGGAAUAAGAUUGACUUGACGAUUGAUUUCGUCAAGUCCCCGGGCCCGGGCGGCGGCAGCUGGGCUGCGAGAGUAAAAGGGCAACCUAUGAAGGGGGCGCCGCAUGAUAUUACCACCACCAUGUUCUUUCAUGUCGGGCUUGAGGGCUUGGGGCAGCUGGGGUUUGGCGAGGAAACGAAUCAGAAAGGCGAUGUUGUGCUCGAGGGAAAGUCGGACAAGCUUGGGGACUUCUCUAUCGGCGUCACACAGCCCAAGAAGAACAAAUUCCCAAAGAAGACGCACGCUUCGUGGGAUUUGAGGCCGCUUGACCAGACUCUGAUCACCAGUCUGCAUGUCCCGCCGGAGCACCUGUGGGCGGCCAGAAAUAUUAUCAUGGCAGAUAUCAAGCCAACCAUCGACAGGUACGGGAAGGAAUUUGGGCAGGAGAACAUUCCGCCAGCAUAUGCUGCCUUCACUAUUUCCAACGAGCCCAAAACAGCGAGCAACUUCCAUAUCGUUCAGAAAAUCUUGGUCGGCGCUUUCGACUUUGACAUCAUCUACAAUUCUGGAGCCGGUCCGCGCCUGUCGUCUGCUGAUCUCGACAAGCAGAUUGCUGCGAACUCGAAGAGCUUCAAGGCAAAGUUUGAUCAGAUACUGAAGCCUCUGGCGCCUUUCACAAAAGCAGAAUUCACCACGUUCUCCCAGUCUUUGUUCUCGAACCUGCUCGGAGGCGUUGGCUACUUCUACGGCGACUCGUUGGUUGAUCGCUCCUACGCCGCGGAGUACGAUGAGGAGAAUGAAGGCUUCUGGGAAGAGACGGCGGAAGCUCGAGCUCGAGCUCAGGUCAUGUUUGACGAAAACAAGGAGCUUUUCACUGCUGUGCCCUCUCGACCGUUCUUCCCCCGUGGCUUUUUGUGGGAUGAAGGCUUUCAUCUAGUGCCCAUUGCGGAGUGGGAUUUGGACAUGACCAUGUCCAUUCUGUCUUCAUGGUUUAAUCUUAUGGACAAUGAUGGGUGGAUAGCCCGUGAGCAGAUCCUCGGGCCCGAGGCCCGCAGCAAAGUGCCGCAAGAGUUUCAAGUUCAAUACCCGCACUACGCCAACCCCCCAACCCUGUUCAUGAUCAUCGAAACCCUCGUUGCGAAACUCGAGUCGAAGUCCCUCCCAGCCGAUCAGGUCCAGAAGGUCCAGGCACAUCUCAGCUCCAUCUAUCCCCUGCUCAAGCGGCAAUACCUCUGGUUUCGUCGCACCCAGUCCGGCGAUAUCAAGUCCUAUGACCGAGAAGCUCCCUCCACGAAGGAAGCCUACCGCUGGCGCGGCCGCAGCGUCCAACACAUCUUGACCUCCGGCCUCGAUGACUACCCUCGACCUCAACCCCCACAUCCGGGAGAACUGCACGUUGACCUCUUCUCCUGGGUCGGCAUGAUGCAGCGCGCACUGAUCGCCGUCUCCACCUACCUCUCCGAGACCGACGACGCCGCCACCUUCACCGCCCACCACACCGCCCUCCUCAAGAACCUCGACGCCCUGCACUGGAACGACCACCACAAAGCCUACUGCGACGCCAGCAUCGACGACUACGAAGAAUCCUACCACGUCUGCCACAAGGGCUACAUCUCUCUCUUCCCCUUCAUGACCGGCCUCCUCCCCGCCACACACCCCCACCUCCCGCACGUGCUCGCCCUGAUCGGCGACCCCGAAGAGCUCUGGUCCCCCUACGGCGUGCGCUCCCUCUCCCAGAAGGACGACCACUAUGGCACCGAUGAAAACUACUGGCGCUCCCCGAUCUGGGUCCCCAUGAACUACCUGAUCGUGAAGCAGCUGCACGCCGUCGCCACCUCCCCGGACGCCCCCAAAGCCGUAAAAACCACCGCCACAGGACUGUACGACGAGCUGCGCGAGAAUCUGGUGAGCAAUGUCUACCGCCAGUGGAAGGACACGGGCUUCGCCUGGGAGCAGUAUAAUCCUGAAACGGGCAAGGGCCAGCGCACCCAGCAUUUCACCGGCUGGACGAGCCUGGUCGUGAGCAUCAUGGCGAUGGAGCCGUUGGGGGGUGGCAGCGGGAAGGGCGGAGGGAGUCAUGGUGAGUUGUAG